AUGUAUGUCACCGUGGCAGCAGCCCAAGGUUCAGACUGGGCAGCACACAUAUUGGGACUGCAUUUUGCCCAAGGCAUCAAUGGAGUGGUCAUGGAUAAGUCGGUGGCCGCAGUUUGGCUAAAGAAGGCUCUUGGCGAAUGUGCUCACAGGGAACCGGGGUACCGAUAUGCCAUUGAGUUUCGUCGGGUCGGGCUCCUCCUGUGUGAGCUUUCACAAAGUGUCAUGGCCGCCACCAUGAGCACCAAUACCACCAGCGUUAGAAUUGCCGCCGAUGAUACAUCUGAUGGUACCGGUAGGGGCUCAGUGGCAGUGCCAAGCCCGAAAAAGAAUUCCAAAGGACGUCAAGCCAAGCCAGUGCCACAGAAGACGACGGAGCAACAAGGUGCUGGCAAGGUUGACUUUGUCGCCGAAAACGGGGAAAUUUAUUGGGUGGUAAAAAACGUCUUGGAGCAUCGAGUUGCCAAGAGCAAAAAGCAAGGAGGUGGAAAAACUUAUGACUACCGAGUGGAAUGGGAGGACUGGCCCAAAAAGGAUCUUCAAUGGUAUCCGGAAGAAAACUUGAACCCUGUGGCCAAGGAGAGAUACUGGGAACGACAAAAGGCUGCUCUUGAAACGAAGCAGCCGGCGGCAAAGCGAAGGAAAACCUCAAAUGGUAGCAAAACGCCAACAACAACGCCAACAACAACUAGGAAAAGUCAGGAGCAGUCAACUACAGCAGAGGCUGGAAAAUCCAAGACAGUAGGAAGCGCUUCCCCGAAGAAACCGACCAACAGAAACCUCAAAAAGAAGGUAUCACCAGCAGCAGCCAGCAAGACGGAUAACCAAAAGUCGCUUGAGGACGACGACGACAAUAUAUACGAAGUUGAAGAGUUCCUGGAAUAUCGUCGGAUUGAUGGUGUCGAUAAAUUCAGGAUCAAGUGGCGUGGUUACGAAAAGUACAAAGACAAAACUUGGUAUGGCAUGGACAGUUUUAUUGGAGACACUGUCAAUGAAGCAAAUGAAUUCAAAACAAAAGUGCAGCGAUCACAGCUACAAUCUGCAUCUACCCCGACAGCAGAUGAUAGUUCAGCAACAUACCGAAUCCCUGUGGAAACCUUGGAGCGUCGUCUUUUGAAAUCGACACAAUGUCCAGUAUGUUGCAACAACUUUUCCGCCAGCAUUGAGUCUAAGCAUUGCCCCAUUAUGAGUCAGGGAUGUGGACAUUCGGUUUGUCUCCAGUGCCUGUUCAUGAUGGACCAACGGAAUGAAGCCAUUGAGUGGUUGCCUUGUCCUGUUCCAGGAUGCCAAACAGAACAUGCGUUCUCCGCGAAUCUACUCGACUCAUCCAACGAGAACAAGGCCCUGAUGGCCGUAGUUGCAGAAAUCAGUCCUCUGUUCCGUGGGAGAAAGCCAGAGUUGUAA